CUGAGAGAGUCCAGAGGGAGAGAGCCGCCCUCUGACUUCCACACCUAGAGCAUGUUGGAGAGCAGAAGUCAGGAUGAAACAGGGAAACCAGUGUGACAAGGAGAUUCCUGCUCAUGAUUUUACAUUUGAAGAAUAGGAUUGAAACGAUGAAGUCGGGCGAUACUUACUUUCACAUUGUCGCUGGACUGAGCGAGGCUGGAGAAGGAGCUGAAGGAAGGGAGCGCAGCCUGCGUGACAGCCAUCGAGCACUUUGAUAUACAGACGAUUGUCAGAGCGGAAGAGCUUGAAGCUGUUGUUAGUUGCUAUGGCAACAUACAUACACUGCCGUCUGUAACCCGGAGGACGACCGACAUUAGGACUUGCUACAGGAGAAAACUUAUUUAAAGUUACAGAUGGAGGCCUCCUCACAGAGCAGAGAUGGAGGACUGUGGAACAAGCCCAGAGCGACCCAGUACAGCAAGCAGACCCAGGACCUGCUGAGACUAAUGAUGCAGGAAUCAAGACUCAACAACCUCCAGAAAAAACAGAUCAACCAAUGCCUCAAAAAUGGAACAGCUUUACCUCUGAACUCUGACCCCACACCAUCAUCUUCACCCGUUCAGCUGAAAACCAGUCAAUGUGUCCAGAAGCGUGUUCCAGGGAAGCCUCAGAGACGCAGCGCUGAGUCCUGUCGCUCGGAUAACAGCUACGUCAGAGAGAAGUUCUGUCCUGGUCCUUCAAGAGACUUGGAGAAAGAGAAGAGGAGGCUUCAGAAUAUUUUGGCAACAGGAGAAGAAGAGCCCAAAGCUUCACAACAUGUUUCUGCCUGUCGGAACCAAGAGGUCGCUGAGCAGAGAGACCGCUAUCAGAUAGUUGUGGAUGAGAUACAGGAGAGGAGACAGUUCCUGGCAGAGAUGGGCUCACUGGGUCAGGAGAGGCAGUACACCAGCAUCAUCAACUCGGAAAUAUCCCAGAGGAUUGGAGAAGACUCGCAGUCUGACAUUUGAGAGGCAGGUCACAGAAAAGAUGGAGAUAAAAUAGACAGAAGAAGAGAAGACUCACUGCCACUGACAUGUAGACAUGGCUUAUUAUCUGUAUCACACACUAAAGUUACAAGAAACAUGAAAGACUUGCAGUAAGUUAUUUUAUUCCUCUGCCUUCCAGUGUCAGUAUGUUUUGUAAUAAUCCUGCUGCUGUUUGAGAACAUGUGGCGCUACAGAAGCCCUUGGUUACAGCUGACAGGAGGACAGGCACAGAGCAGAGACACAACGCAGACUACAGUUCAAAUGGAGGACUAACAGGAACAGAAUGAGUAAACAUACUGACAGUUACAUCAAACAAAUGACGCUGAAAUUAAAUAAAUGGCACGUACAAACAAUAUUAACACAUUUUUUCCUAUCCACUUUUAAGGCAAUACAUGGAAACACACAGAAAGGCAUCGUAAAAUAUAAAUUAAUGAUUGCAUAUUCAGGUUUCUCCCCUAAUGGUUAGUCUGUUAUAAGCUGGUGCUUUGCUACAGUUGUUAACAUACUGUACAUCUGCCUUUUCUAAUGUUCAUUAUUGCAUGUGUGACCUUUCAUACUGAUACACUUUCUGACACCUGCAGUUAAAGGUUAUCUACAAUACUUAUCUUCAGACCGUUCUAAGUCAAUCUGAUUUCCAGUCACACAACUUCCUAUUAAUACUGUAUAUCUACGUUCACAUCCACGUCUUUGAUGAUAUGCAUUUACACAAGGGACAUCAUCGCAAAACUAUCACAGGAGAAAUAAAAAAAGGGACCCAUAGACAGUCAUAACAUAGCAGCUAGAAGAGCUUAGGUAUGCAUUGUUGAUCGAGCAUUUCAUGAGUAGACGUUGCUAGAUAAAAAAAAAAUUAAACUCGUACCACGGGCUCAAACCA